UCACGGUAAAAUAAUAAUUAUGCCAUUUUUAUUUUGUCCUAAUCAUUAUGGCAAAUUAGUAUUUUUCACCUCGCUAUAGAGCAGGAAACUCAGAAACAAGGCAAAAUGAGUUACACAGAAGCACCCAAGACCGCCGACUACAUCGGCGUCCUCACCACCGUGCCCCCUCAGGCUCAGCGACCCACCAACGUUUAUACGUUUCCUGGGCCUGCGGUGGGUGAGCCCGUCCCGGCGCCUCCUCCACUCGAUGUGAUCUCACCUCGCCAGAUGAAGAAAAUGGCUAAGAAGCAGAAGAGAAAGGAGAGAAAGGAGAAGAAGAAGAAAGGGUCCCUGCUUUUGUGCUGCUCUAACUUUGAGAUCGACGACGAGGACGGGAAGGAGAAAAUCCGUGAGGUGUUGGAGAAUAAGAAGAAAAGGAUUUCUCUGGUGAUGUGUUGUUCCAAUUUGGAAGUUGGUUCUAAGAAGGAUGUUAAUGGGUUUGGGAAGUAGAAUUAUUAUUACUAAAAAUAUUUUAAUAAAUUUAUAGAACGAAAUAUAUUUUUUAGGUAUAAUCUGUCUUGUAAUAUAUAAAUAUUUUAUGAUUAAAGCUGAAAAAAAAAGUAUGCAAGUUUUCUUCAAUUUCUUGAUUUUGAUAAGCAAUGAAAAUUUGGAGAGAGAAAAAUGAAAUGGGUUUGGGAUGUGUAAAGAGUAUUGUAUUAUUUGUGAUAAAUGUGUGUCAUGUUUAUGGUUUAAAUGAGUGUGUAAUUAUAGGUUCCCUCAGGAAAUUCUUCCUGAAAAAUGUGUGUGGUUUGCCUUGAUGGUAAUACAUUUUAUUUUGAUGUGUAAUAUAAAAUGAUGGAUGUAAAUUAGAAACUUGAAGUUUGUAAAGACGACUGUAUUAUUUUUGAUAAAAUGUUUGCCUGUUA